AUGGAACCACGACAAUGUGCCAGUAGAGAGCAGUUCUCAAUCAUGAUCGAGUUCAUGGAAAGGCACGGCGAUAUCUUGAGGCCCCAUCCUGGUGUUCAAGGACGAUUAAAAAGUGACCAAAUGUGGAAGGAGGUGACCGUUUUAUUAAAUUCCGUGGGUGGUGGCGUGCAGAAAUCUGCCGAUAAAUGGAAAAAGGUAUGGGCAGACUUGAAGACAAAAACAAAAAAAAAAUAUUUAAAUAUAAGAAACAAGUCGCAAGGUACAGGAGGUGGUCCGAGGCGAUGCCCUGCCCUAACCAUGUUCGAAGAGCGGGUGGUGGCAGUUAUAGGGACACAUGCUAUCACUGGGCAGCCUGGGAUCCAAGAGCAGGGUUUUAUUAGACAACCAAGUGAGGUGCCGUUUGAGCCGAGCCAAAGAGAGGACAUUCAUGUGGAGGUCCCGAGCAGUCAAAACACGACUUCACGAGUUCCUUCCCCACCAGACACACUACGAGGAAUUUCACCUCCACCUCCAGUUCCGACAUCAUCAUCUCCGCGAAGAACUCCAUCUCCGCCAAGAAGUCCUCCAGUACAAACCCAACACUUCUCCCGGACUACUUCGACGCCUCGAUCGACUACUACUACUACUCCGCGCCGAUCAUUACCAAGGGCGCGAAGGAAUAAGGGACUAAAUCCCUUCGAUCGCGCGGCAAGCGAAUUUGUAGCUAUAGAGAAGCGGCGGUUGGAGAAUGAAAUGGCUAAAGAGAAGCUCCUUCAUGAACGGGAGAUGGAGAGGCUGCGGCUGGAGGCCCAGAGGAUUGAACUGUCUCGGCAACAAAAUACAUUGUUGCAAGAAUUAGCUGUAAUUGGCAUGAAUAUAAUUAAAUGUUUAACUCCGCAGCAAUUAGAUUCUGGCUUCAUUAAUGAAUAACUCUGGUGUAUUUUUUAUAUAAUUAGGGUUUAUACCAAAAUGGUGCAAUAGAACCCUUAUGAUCUUACUCGGUCUGUUUUCUCUCACAGCCGAUCAUCUCCAAAUCUACGGAAUGAAAUUUUGUAACUCAUAUACAGUUUGAUGACCCAAAUACGGACGUAUAUCGUAAAUAGACAAAUUCUAAUUUACAAGUAUUAUUCCUUUUUAUUUUUUUUUUCUAUUUGCUUCCCUAAAGUGGCUCCCUUAAUAAGAUUUGUUUAUUAGCGAUAUACGUCCGUAUUUGGGUCAUCAAACUCUGUAUAUGUUUCAAAUUUCAAGUUUUUAUGAUUAAGCAAAUUAUAAGGUUCUAAUUUUGUCUAUUACACUUCCUUUUAA